AGUUAGUUUGACCAAUCAGAAAGCGACGUAGGAGGAGCCGUGGCCUGGCCGGAAGAGGGGGUGUGGUUUGUUGCCGGAAGCGAAGGCACCGGCGGAGGAGAUGGCGCCGAGCUCGAAAUCCGAGCGGGGCGGGAACCGGAAAUGGGGCCCGAGGGACCAUGUAAUAAGGCAGUUGGACCGAGUUAAGAUCACAGGUCAGUUGUCUCCGCGUCUGUUCCGGAAGCUUCCUCCCCGACUUUGCGUAUCUCUGCGUAAGAUUGUGGAUGAGGAAUUCCUGCAGAAGGGUCACAUCUUCCUGGGUUUCUCCAAGUGCGGCCGCUUUGUGCUCUCCUACACGAGCGAUUUCCUGGAUGACUAUUUCUCCUCCUUCUCCUAUCAUCUGUACUGGUGGCAGUUCAACGUUCACAGCAAACUGCGCCUGGUACGACAGGUGCGCCUGUUCCAAGAUGAGGAGAUUUACAGCGACCUUUUCCUGCACGUGUGCGAGUGGCCCAGCGACAGCUCCAAGGUUAUAGUAUUUGGGUUCAACACCUCUGGGAACGGGAUGCUAAUGAACAUGAUGAGCGAUGAGAAUCACCGCGAUAUUUAUAUCAGCACCGUGUCUGCGCCACCUACCUCCCCCUGCACAGACUGCAAAGAGUCACAGAUAGGCUCCUGUCUCUCACACAGCUUUAUGCUCCACACCAAGUACCAAGUCGUCUACCCAUUCCCCACCUUCCAGCCGGCGUUCCAGCUGAAAAAGGAUAAUGUUGUUCUUCUGAAUACCAGCUUCUCGCUCGUGGCCUGUGCCAUAUCUGUGCAUUCAGCAGGAGAGGCGGAACCCAACCAAAUACUAUACAGCAAACAGAGCCAACCGCACAGACACCCCAGCUGCUCUUUCCCCUCCAGCCCCAGCACCCUCUCCCCCAGCAACCACUCGCCCCUUCCCUCCCCUACCCCACCCGGGACACCGCCGGCCGUCACUCGCGCCCGAGAGUUCGUGGCUGGCAUCUUCCGCCGCGCCAGAGAAGCUUCCGGCGUCGAGUUGCAGGAUAAGGGCGAGAGUCCUGGCACAAGCCGAGAGAGUCCCCCCCGAGCCUCAUUCCCAGACUCCCCGGUGUGUCAUCGUCCUUCCAGUGAGGGGGCGACACGCUCCUCCAGCCACCCUGAAGAGCCAAGCUACGUGAAUUACACGCGGUUCCGGUAUAUCUUGGGGGAGGCAACGGAAUCUGAUAGCGAGUGCGAGGAUGACAAGAUAUCGCUGCCUUUCCUGGUAACUGAUAUAAAGGGGAAUCACUUGAAGCCCCUGAAUGAGAAGUCUUCCUUCCAGGGGCAGCACCUCAGCGUGGAGCAGCUGACGCUGGAUUUCGAAUAUGUCAUCAACGAAGUGAUAAGGAACGAUGCCUCCUGGUCCCGCCAGUUCUGCUCCUUUAGUGACUACGAUAUUGUUAUACUGGAGAUGUGUCCUGAGACCAACAAAGUGAUAAUAAAUAUUGGCCUCCUUCUGCUUGCAUUCCCGGCCCCAGAGGAAGAGGGGCAGCUCAGGCCCAAGACCUAUCACACCAGUCUGAAAGUGGCGUGGGAUUUGCACACCGGGAUCUUCAGCACCCUCAGUGUGGGCGACCUAACCGAGGUCAAAGGCCAAACAAGCGGCAGCGUGUGGAGCUCCUAUCGGAAAAGCUGCGUUGACACCGUUAUGAAAUGGUUGGUCCCAGAGAGCAGUGUGCGAUAUGUGAAUCGAAUGACCAAUGAGGCUCUUCAUAAAGGCUGCUCCCUCAAGGUGCUGGCGGAUAGUUUACGAUACACUUGGAUUGUGCUGUAACCCGCCGCCGGCGUGCGAUUGGCCAAACACUACCUCUGCGCAAGUCUCCCGGUGCAUCUCGUUACGGAUCCGGCGGCAGGAGGUCCCUAGCCCCUCCCCCGUUACGCUGCCAUACACAGACUUGCCCCUCCCCCCCUCACAUCGCCAUUCAGAACGAGGGCCGGGAAGCUGCUUUUUCGCAAGGAUUUUGCACACCCUGUAACAGGAUAUGGAAAGGGUUAAAGCCUGGGGGUGGGCGGGGCCUGUAAAUGUUUCCUGUGGAGGUUUAUUUAACUCUUUUCCUGCUGCGGGGCCUGAUCUGUGGCAGUGUCCUUAUUAUUUUUGUCUGACUAGAACAAAGCAAAGUUAUUUUUUAACAGCAUGUGUAUAUAGAAUGUCCCCCCCCCCCCCCCCCCCCCCCGUCUGUUAUUGUUCCGCGCAACUGCCGCUUCCUGUUUGUGAAAAUAAUAAAAACUUGUCAUUUCAGAUAA